AUAUAUACUAAUCGCAUAGAAUACUGUAAGUAGGUUAGAGAACGUAAACUCGUAUAGAGUAGGUUUUGUUCAUACAUUUUGGGAGAUAUUACUUUUGACAAGUAUAUGGAAUAUGGCCUCUUUCAGUAACAUGACUGAAAGGUCUGAUAACUUCGGCAUUAGAACUCAAGCGGAACAAGAUGUGCUGAAACUACGGGAAGAACUCUUUAUAAUAAGACAAGAGCGAGAUACUUACAGGAAAGAGUGUAUGAAGUUGAGACAGUUGCUAACGAUAAAAAACGAAGCAGAAAGGGAGAGGAAUGAAGCAUUGCAGAGAAUGCUAAACGCCCAGGUUUUGGAGAGUCGAUUAUCAAGAUUGAUAUAUAGUGGCGCUGAAUUAAGUGAUUCAGACGAGGAAUUAAAUUAUGGAAUUCUACGCCAUGUGCAGCCACAAAGAGACCGAGACGAAGAUGUUGAUACAUUAUAUUCGAACAUUACAACAACGAGCGCACAAGAGGCGACUGAUGACAUCAAAUCUCUCGAACCAACACAAGUAAAAGUUCACAUCGAUCACAACGAAGAAAUUGCGACAGGGUCAGAUUAUCUAGCUCCUGAUCUUCCACCCAGGCCAUCCAGUUUUUCAACUGCAGCCGCUCCCCGAAGACCCCAAAUUUCUUCGGUUGGGAAUAUGGCAAGACUGAGUAGAUCAGAAGCUGCGUUGUCUAACAAUCGUCCGAAAAAGACUAAAUUUGUGAAAAAAUGGUUUCGAAAAUCUAAGCAAGCUAAAAAUGAAAAUCGUGAAUAUAUUCACAAAUUUUAAAACAUACAGCAUUUAUACAAAUAAAUGCCGAGGGGAGUCUCAUAACAGAGAGGGUAUUCUACCAAAUCCUAUACCUCAUAUUUUGGAAUUACUCCCUUCUACCAUGUUCAGUCGUUGUCGUAUUUAAGAGCUUCAAAGUGGUCAGAAUUUUGGUUUGCCAUAACGUAUGACGUGAUUGUACAUUGUGUAUACUGUAUAUGAAACUUUUUUCUAAACAGACUGAAAGGUAUCUUGCAGCGACCCUCAUUCUUGGUGAUUUGUGGGCGUGGCUUACCCAAUGCAUUUUUGAUUAGAUUUUUAUUUAUCUUUUUUUGACAUCAUUACUCGCUAGUGAUUUGUGGCUUACCCAAUGCAUUUUUGAUUAAAUAUUUAUUUAUCUUUUUUUUGACAAUAUUACUCGCUGCUUUUA